CGGCGUGUCCCUCACUCUCAUUUUUAGUGUGUCACCAUCUCACAACUCGUUCGAUGAAAGCUAGUAGUUUCACUUGAAAGUGUCACAGGGAGAAGAGAAGAUAUUGAUUCUAUUUUUCUAGUCUUUGACCACCCGUGGAAGACUCUUUUACAGGUACUAGCUAUUAUUGAACUAUAUAACCGUCAGAGAGUGGAUAUUAACUGUUUUGGGUCAUAUAAAGUCUCACAGUAGCUCUAUUUAAUUAUAAACUCACAGAGAGUGGAUCACCGAUGGCAGCUAAUGACAGAAACAGGGGUCGUCCUCAUCAAGGAGGUCCCGGGCCAAGACAACGUGGUAGCGCUUCGAACACCUCACGGACAUCCAGCGUAUCGACUAGCGGCGUAUUAAUGGUCGGACCUAAUUUUAGAGUAGGAAAGAAAAUAGGAUGUGGUAAUUUUGGAGAGCUAAGAUUAGGAAAGAAUUUAUACAAUAACGAACACGUCGCUAUCAAAUUGGAACCAAUGAAAUCAAGAGCACCACAACUUCACCUGGAAUAUAGAUUUUAUAGAACAUUAGGAAAUGCUGUUGGUAUACCACAAGUAUAUUAUUUUGGUCCUUGUGGUAAAUACAAUGCGAUGGUACUGGAGCUGCUCGGGCCGAGUUUAGAGGAUUUAUUUGACCUGUGUAACAGAAAAUUCUCACUCAAGACAGUCCUAAUGAUAGCAAUUCAACUGAUCACACGAAUUGAAUACGUUCACACUAAGCACCUCAUAUAUCGAGACGUAAAACCAGAGAAUUUCCUAAUGGGUCGAUACGGGACUCCCAAUCAAAACAUUGUCAAUAUCAUUGAUUUUGGUCUAGCAAAGGAGUACAUUGACCCAGACACCACUAAACACAUACCAUACCGUGAACACAAGAGCUUAACUGGGACUGCAAGAUAUAUGAGCAUCAAUACACAUCUGGGGAAAGAGCAAAGUAGGAGAGAUGAUUUGGAGGCUUUGGGUCACAUGUUCAUGUAUUUCCUACGCGGUAGCUUACCGUGGCAAGGACUAAAGGCAGACACACUAAAAGAAAGAUAUCAAAAGAUAGGAGAGACAAAAAGAUCAACCCCAAUUGAAGUUUUAUGCGAAACAUUCCCAGAUGAAAUGGCUACAUACUUGCGUUACGUGAGAAGACUGGAUUUCUUUGAGACCCCGGAUUAUAACUAUCUACGUAAAUUAUUUCAAGAUCUUUUUGAUAAGAUGGGAUUCACUGAUGAUGGAGUAUUUGACUGGACUGGAAAGGAAGUGAAUACAUCAUUUGGUACGGUGGUGUAUGAGCCAGGCGGUGGCCAGUAUAGUACCCCAAGGAGAGCCAAUGAUGGAGGAAAUCCAAUUUCACCACGGCACCACCUGGAGCCUCCCGGUCACACAAAUCAAACUAAAUCUCCUGUAGCUGGUAUAAAUAGACCGGCAGAUGCAUCACCCCCUAACGAAAAACCCCCUGAGGGACCCGGAAUUGUAGAAGAAACAAGAUGCUGCUGUUUCAGAAAGAGCGUAAAGAAGUGAUACCAAUACGUCCAUCGCCAAUAAUCUCUUACGUAUAAUCUCACUUUCUUUUCUUUCUUUUAUCAUAUCCUGGUUCGCUCUCUCUCCCUCUCUUUCUGCACAACAAACUUACUACUUAUGUUACCUACUAACAGCCACUGCUCUGCUAUCUAUAUGCAUCCUCUCCUCUUUUGUAUAACUUUUCUUUUCAAAUCCAUCAACUCAUACUCCUCUGUGAUAGUAGAGCCACCGCUACUAAUGAGACUGUUAACGAUUGAAUAAAUUCUCUCUAUUAUUAUUAUUAUUAUUAUUGAUAUUACUUUCUUGUGUGUCUAAUGGACUCGACUCACUCUUUCUUUCUCUUCCUCUCUCUCUCUCUCUUCUGCUCUCUCUUUUCUGUACAUAAGUUAUAAUGUUGUAUUCAUACAACACACACUAUUAAUGUGUUAUGUUUCAACGAUACUUUAUGUAAAUUAACUAUUAUUAUUAUUAUUAUGUAUAGCUCAUUAUUUUUUUGUAA